AUGGCCUCUCGUUCUAGCAUCUUUGUGAUGAUUUUUGUCCUGCUUUCUCUACUGGGAUAUAGCAGCGCUGUUGGAAGAAAGUCUCUACGUCGCAAGGGAGGGGCGGGCUCAAAGCACUCGUUAAAAAAGCGCCGUCGUCUUGAUAGCGGAGAGGGAGACUCUUAUCGAUACACGAACUGCGGCAAGUCUGGUGGCAAGGGAUAUGGAGGCAAAGGCAAUGAUGAUGGCUCUGACUACGGCGGCAAGGGCUAUGGAGCAGAUGGUUACGGCAAAGGCUAUGGAGGAGAUGGCAACGGCAAGGGCUAUGGAGGAGAUGGCAAUGGCAAAGGCUAUGGAGGAGAUGGCAAUGGCAAAGGCUAUGGAGGAGAUGGCAAUGGCAAAGGCUACAGCGGAGGUGGUAACGGCGGCAAGGGAUACAGCGGAGGCGGUUAUGGCGGAAAGGGAUACGGCGGAUCGGGCCAAGGCAAAGGCUACUAUGGCAAGGGAGGGAACCGGGAUCUUUACGGUUACGACUAUGAUCCUGAGUGUGAUGAAGCGGAGAUGACUGCACCACCCACCUACCCGCCAGUUCCGGCCCCAACCCCAACCCCAGCACCAACACCAGCACCAACACCAGCACCAACAUACCCUUAUGUUCCUCCUACAGAUCCGCCAGUAGCCAGAGCGAAUCACUGGGAUCACUACUCGGAAUCCAAUGACGAAGGUCGCAUCUAUCAUCGUCAAUAUACAACUGAGCAGGUCAAGCUCGAGGAAGACAUCAUCAAGGAGGAGGAAGACAUUAUCAAGAAGGAGACACAGCUUUUGGACUUGACAAUUGACCAGAAUGAUCCCUAG